AUGCAGACUGCUUCUACAAACAUUUGUGAAAGACUGUGCAAUAAGUCCAUCCGUGAUAUUUUCUGGGUACUAAAUAUUCCACGCUCAACUGUUAGUGGGAUUAUAACAAAGUGGAAGCAACUGGGAACAACAGAAACUCAGCCACCAAGUGGUAGGCCACGUAAAUGGACAGAGUGGCGUCAGCGCAUGUGCAGAAGUCGCCAACUGUCUGCAGAGUCAAUAGCUAAAGACCUCCAAACUCUAUGUGGCCUUCAGAUUAGCACAAAAACAGUGCAUAGAGAGCUUCAUGGAAUGGGUUUUUCCAUGGCCGAGCAGUUGCAUCGA